AUGAGCCCAGACCUUAUUACCGGUGAAGAAUUGCUAGUCUAUUACGCUUUUUAUGAAACGAGAGACCCUGCUGGUCCUCGUAUUCGUAUAAUCGCCACUGGGGAUUGUCACAAAAUGAAAGAGGAGCAAUUUUUGGUGGUGCUGGCCGACGGGAAAACGCUGUAUAUUGAUAGGAUUUAUGUUAUUGGAACUGCUGGUUGUGCUGGUGGACCUGGCGGUCACUGCAAAAUGCAAGAAAUGGAACUAUCGACGAAUAUCUUUUGGGAGAAGCCCUCUCAGAAGAUAACUAUAUUCCGUCAACAAUCCUUCGCCAGGGUUAAAUUACAUCGAAUUCACACCAAUUAUAUUCCUGGGAUUACUUCAUGCAACUCGACACCGUUAUAUUGGUAUAAUGACUGGCCUCGGUUGUUGAUUUUUAUUGAAUAUUGGAGAAAGACUGACUAUACUGUUGUGCACGAUGUGGAUGAGAUAUUUUAUGUUAGAAACAAAUCCGAUAACCUCCUCGAUAUUGUCCAUCGAUAUUUCAGCACGGCCGAGAAUCCGAAUGCAGGCGCUCUAAAACUCCAGCACAGCGCAUUGGGAUUUAAAGAGCCGAUAGCGCCUAAUCCUUGGAAUUUUGGAAAGUUUCAAGAGCUCAACUUCCUGAAAAGUGCCGUCCCAUUCCUUAAGGAGAGCUAUGAGGAUAAAAUUAAGUACAUCUACGAGACGCGGUUCGCCAGGAUUCCAAACAUGCAUCUGAUCCGUGAAUUUUUUGGGGACAAGCAGACCGUGGCUUUACCCGAUACUCAAGUUGCUUACCUCGAGAUGAGGAAUGAGGAUUUGGAUCAAGCGCGGAAUCAUACUAGUCGAUUUCCGGAAUUUGAAUUGUUUACGGACUCCGAAAUCCAAACCCUACGCCAAAGCCUCAAGGACAUUUUUGGCGAUGACAAUCCACCUUUUCGA